AUGGCGCCUCUUUUGUCCGUUUUGGAUUUAGUAAAUAAGGUCGAUGGGUUCCCCCAUCCUGAGAGAGACCCUAAGCGAUACUCGGAAGAGAUGAAACGACUCUACACUUUUGUAUGGACAGACAGCGAGGGAAUGUUCCCAAUCGGCUAUGUGCCACUCUCAGUCCUCGAGGCCCUGGAGAAAACCCCCGAGGACAUCAGAGGCCCUAUGAAGAUCGACCAUGAUGCCAGGACAAUCCGGUUGUUCCAAGAACCGGCCACUGAGGAAAAGCGCAGCCAGCUCGUGGCCCAGCUGGCCGCACACUGGCGCCAGAACCAAACAUUCAAAAUCCUCAAGGGCUGGCGCGACGAGCUCUUCCCAGUUUAUGGCCGAAAGGGCGAACUGCUGUUCAGCGUCGAGCGGGUCGCCGUGGGGUUAUUUGGAUUUGCGCGCUACGGCAUACACAUGACGGCAUUCAUCCGUCACAACGACGACAAGAGCCGCUAUGAUUUCCGUAUUUGGGUACCCAGGCGUGCCGCCAACAAGUCAACGUACCCAGGUAUGCUGGACAACACGGCCGCCGGCGGGUUGGCGACUGGCGAGGACCCGUUUGAGUGCGCCGUCCGCGAAGCCGACGAGGAGGCAACGUUGCCGGAGGACUUUAUGCGCAAGCAUCUCAAGGAAACUGGUACCAUCACGUAUAUUUACAUCACGGACGAACGCGCCGGGGGAGAGCCGGGUUGGAUUUAUCCAGAGUGUCAAUGGGUCUACGACCUUGAGCUGCCCGCAGACGGCAGCAUCACCCCGCGCCCCAAGGACGGGGAGGUUGAAAGUUUCAGCCUCCGGACCGUGGAGGAGGUCCAGGAGCAACUAGCCCAGGGGCUAUGGAAACCAAACUGCGCAAUGGUCAUGCUCGAUUUCCUCGCCCGUCACGGGAUACUGACACCCGAGAACGAGCCGCAUUACGAUGAACUCUGCGCCAAGUCACACCGUUUCAUCGAGUUCCCGGGCCCACACUGGCCGCAAUGGCAGCAUGCCUCUCCGCCGGAGAGGAAGGCAUAA